AUGAGAGCUCCCUUGGGAAGCAUAGAUACGCGCGUGACCAUGACUGACUCACCCGUGGAUGGUCUCUCGCCUUCGUUCGCGUCCGUCCUCGCGUUCGAUGAUAUCCCACCACAGGAUAGCCAGGCCCUCGAAGACCCCGGAUUUCAUGAACCACAUUGGAAUGCGAGAGAAAAAGCUGCAUCUAACAAGUCACUUAAAGCAUAUCGAAAACGGACUAGCGGAAAGCGGCAUUCUCGCCUGGAAUUGGACGUCGCCAUGGACAAGUACCACUCUCUUGACGGCCUCGCUGAGCCAUUGAACCCACAGAACACCCCGGCCUCGAUCAGUGGCCCCGACAGCCCCGAGGAGUCUGGUCAACCUUCGGAUCCUCAGAGCUUGCGUACCAGCUCUGCCCCUCAGAUACAGAGAUUGGCUUUCGAAUGGUCUGAUGAUAAGGGAGAAGGAGACUCAUAUCUGCUCUCUGGUGAUACUGAAGAUGGCAACAAGGCUCAAAAACGCCAUUUCUCAGCUAAUGACUCUUCCAAUGCUCCUUCGAAGGAGCUCUUUAAACCCAUGGGCUCGAGUGGUGUGAGCCAGGAACCUGGCGAGUCUACCUUUCCUCUGCGAUGUGUUCGAUUUUCUCCCCCACCUGAAUCUCCUCAAAAGCAUCAUUCACCUCGUCGAACUCAACGUCCUAUUCCCACUGUCGAACGAAAGGCAAACUACAUAGCUUCGUACCGACAGCAGAAGCAAUUCGAGAAAUGGCGAGGCGCAACUCGUGCUCGUACUCAGCGUACCUCGCCGCAUCACAGCCCAUCCAAAGAGUCUCAGCAUCUGACAAAUCCACUUAGCCGGGCACCCGAGGCUCCUCAAUUUUCGUCCGUUUCUACCUCGCUCUUCCACCAGGGUGGUGGCGCAGAGCCUCCAAAUCAGACAACCAUAAUCCAGGGUCCAUUGGGUUACAGAGCUCCAGAAGAGACGAACGCCAUAGCAACUGGAGUUGGGGAUAUCAACGAAAUCGCUUCAUCGCGCCAGGGCUCAGAACUUGUCUCUCUUUCUAUCUGCAUCUACCGAAUCCCACACCCUGGGCAGCCCUUGGCCCCCGAUACCCGUGCAAGUGUCUUCCAAGUGCAGUUUACUGCGACUCCUCUUUCCGCCGAAAGUACGACCCAGCAGGAAGCAGCAAAGAAUCAUGUCGUCAGCCGUAUAGCGCUAGAUGAUUUGCUGUGGCAUACCCAUGUGGUCGUACCUGCUUUUCUUCUUCGCAUACCAGUCGCCAUCGUGUCUGCAGCACAACGAGUCGGCAAUUCACAGAUUGGGACCGUCUUUCUCUACUUAGAAAAGAUGUUCUGGUCCAUUAUGAUUGCCUUAUUUAUCGGUAUUGUGCACAGGUUUUUUCGAAACAUCAGACUUCGUCCAAAACUUAGUGCCCGUGACUAA